UUCUAGCGAAGUAGGAGGCGUAGGGAGGAUGCCUUUAUUGUUGCAUCUUGGAGAUGAAGGGGUCGGGGUUCCUUUUUUACUCAGUUCUGAGCGCCUUUUAGUCAUAGCUUGCUCUGGUCGCUCACAACAUGCAGAACUAACCACACACCUUUGCAAAACCCACUGUCGUACCUUUUUUUUUUUUUUUUUUGUAGUAUAAAAGCUUUUUUCGUUUGUGUUGUUGAGGGGAGUUCGAAUAUAGAGUUGCAGUUGAGGAUGCUAGUCUUAGCAUGGAAAAAUGCUUCCUGCAAGACAGUCGAUGGGAAAGCAUAUUGAUAUUAGGCAUUUGCAUUUAAAGAAAACUUUUAAAUGGAUGAGCUUGAUUUAAAAAGUCAUGUGAAAGGGGGUCUGUCUGGUUUAACUGUAAGUCUAAUGCUGAGCAAAAUGACGUGUGCGCAAACAUUAUCCUAUAUAGAAUUCUGCUUUUUCUGCUAGAUGUUUCAUCAUUUGUAUUUGGUUGAUUUUGUUUGUUUGUUUGUUUAUUCUUCUACUUUAGUAGUUCCUCUCUCAGGGAUUUAUAACAUCCCCGACCAAGAGAGGAUAAGAGCUGUUGUCUUUUUAAUUGUACUCUUUUGCAUUAGUUGAAACAGACAGGAGGGUAAGGUACUCUUAAUUUGAGAUUAAAGAGAAGUCAUAGAGAAGCAAGCUGAAUUCCGUAAAUACAUUGAGUUCUUGAAGGAUUAAAAGGAAAGAGAUCGUUUCACAUUCUUAUAUGCUUUUUGUUUUCUCUUCCAAAAAGGGAGUGUUAAUGCAAUUCAUAUGGAUAUAUUGAGGGAAAUUUCCUUUGAUUUUGUAACAGCUUUGUUUAUUGGAUUUAAUCAUGAUAUUUAUCCCAUUGUUCCAGACAACACCUCUGCAUAUAGUUGAAAUAGCCUGUGUCAUAUGGGUGAUUUACUGGUAGAUUCCUCUGGGGUUUGUCGUUGUUUUGCAUGGAUGGUAAAAUGGAAAGAAAACAUCCUUUUUUUUUUUCUCCUUUUUUUGCUUUUGUUUGAUAUUCUAUUAAUAAUAAUAAUUCAUGAUGGUAUAUGAUGAAUCUAUUAAUAACAAUUCAGAAUGGUAUAUGUCAUUUUACUGAAAUGGACUGUGAUGGGUAGGCUUUUUAUUCAUUAAAAGGGCAUUUGAAUUUUCUAUACUAGGCGCUGUUCUAGGCAUGGGGUAUUGAACUGUGAGGAAAGUCCCAAUUCUUGCUCUGUGAAUACCUUUGAAUUCAAAAUGGAUAAUUAUAACAGAAUCCUCUUCUUUAUGUAGAAUUAGAGGUAAUUAACUCUUCAUUGUUUAGCUAUGGGUUAGCCAUUUUGUGGAAUGCUCUUGAAAAAUUGAAAUUCCUUCUUGCUUUCUCAGUCCCACUUUUUAGUCAUUUUCAUUUUAUGAUUCACUAUGUAUGAGAUCAGUUGAAUUUAGUUCAUAUUAAUGAAAUAGUCUAAAUUCCAGUUCUUGUAUAUUUUUUCUCUACUACAAUAAAAUUUAAAGUGUUUUCUCCACAAAAAUCUCAAGAUCCCCACCUUUUUUCUUUAUAAGUAUAAUAACUAAAGCAACUGUCUGGAGCAGGAUUUUAUUCUUGCAGGAAAAGCAAAGGGUUAUAUUAAAAGGAAAGCUAAUGCUUGUCCUUUAGCCUGGUGCCUCCCUGCCCUGUGUCUCUCUUCCAUAGCUCCUAAACAGAGGAUCAGUGACUGAAUAUUUAUCAUAUAUCAUCUUCACCCCCCUUUGCCCUACCCCAUCUCCUUCCCUCCCCACAUUCAUGCUCCCUCACACUUAUACUUAUCCAUGCUUGGGCAGCCUUUGAUUGCUAAACGUGCUCAAAAUCCUGGUUCCUUGUCUUUCGUUUCCCUUUGUUCUGAUUACCUGGAAUCACCUCCCAACACCCUCCCCCGCUUUCACCUGUUGCUAUCUUACCUGUCCACAAAAACCUUACUCAAAGGCUCCUCCAGGAAUCCCCAGCCCUUCCUGCUUAUCUCUCCCCCCUCAUCUGUUACUCUUUCCCCUCUUCAUUCUGUUCUAGCCACACUGGCCUGUUUGCUCUUCCUUAAACAUGCAUAAUAAGCAUCUUCCUACCUUUGGGUCUUUAUGUGUUCUUCCUAUUUUCUCUGCUCAGAAUGUUUUCCUCAGACAGCCACAGCUUGCUCCCUUCCCCCCUUGCUUUUACACCCUCCAUUUUUUUUCCUACUUUUUUUUCUUGUACUUAAUUAUCAUGUAACAUCUUUUACUUAUUUUUUUCUUGUUUAUUAUCUGUUUCAAUCCACUAAUGUACUCAAUGAGGGCAGGAGUUUUAUGUGUUUUGUUCACUGCUCUGUUUCUAACAGCACCUGGAAUUAUGUCUGGCAUAGAGUAAGUGCUUCUAAAAAUUUGAAGAUUGAAUGAAUGAAUAAAUGAAUGAAUGAAUAACUAUCAGUAAUUCUAUCACCUCGUUGUCUGGGCAUAUUCUUUCAACAUCACAACAUUAAAUUAGCACUUAAUACUCUGUGUUUCUCUGUAAUUCCUAUUAUGAUAUCCUGCCAUGUAUUUUUAGUACAAACUUCAAUUAUUUGAGUUCUCUAGGAAAAAUAUUUCUGAAAGAAUAUUUCAUAGCAUAUCCUUUUUCAGUUCUCUGAAUCCUACAGGAUUUUGUCAGUUUGUAUUUACUCCUUAAUAUUCCUAAAAACAUGAAACAUUUGGGAUGUAGUGCUGAAGUUUUGGAGCUCAGAGCAAUUUGGCUGUUUAUCACUCUGUUUCUGAUGAACUGAAAAUCCUUGAAAGUUUUAGAAGUAUUUUCAGUCAGUGAUAUAAGUUAGUAAAAUAAUAACAGUGAAGAGUAAUGAAGGUACAUUAGUUGCUGUUGUAGUCAGGUAUUAUUUGUACUUUUCUUUAUAAAUAUUACAGCUCCAGCAACCAUCUGGAACAGGAUUUUAUUCUUGCCAGGAAAAGCAGGUAUCUUAGGAAGCAGGAACUUUAGAAGGACUACACCUUUGAGAAUCUUUGUGAAUUAUAUAUAUGUUCUUCGAAAACACGGAUCUGCUCUGAAGCUCCUGUCUUUGCUGAGAAUCUCCAGUAGGGGAGAGCUCAAUCUGGCGAUUCCCUGGUUGAAAGGAUAAGUAUUCUUUUAGAUAAAUAGGGCAAGAGCAGGAAAUGGUGCAGGGGGAAGAAACACAAAAGAGAAAGGAAAUGUGGUGGAAGAUGGAUAAAGAUUAAAUUUAAGCUGGGCAAAUUUUAUUUGUAAUUAAUGCUAAUAUUUAAAUCUGCCAGCAGGAAGAGGUCUGGAGAUACAGUGUGUUCACUAUCUUCUGUCCACAGAUCUAGACAUGUCAAGUGAUCUAGCGAGUACAGCAUCAUGAUACAGUUCGUAGUUAACAGUACAAGCCAUUGUGGUGGUCUUUAUCGAAAUUUCUGUAUCGAAAUUGUUCCCAACCUCCAUUCCAGAGAAGGUCUAGAAAUCUUUUUUUUUUUUUACCUUUUGUGGGAUAUAAAUUUAGAGCCCAUGUAUUUUUCUAACCUGCAUUGCUUUUUCUGAUUGAUUAUACAAGUAUGACAUGUUUAGCUGCAGGAGGGCAGGAAUAGAUGUCUCUUGUUCAUCACUGUGUGAUAACAGAUGGAUGCUCAAUAAAUUAUUGAAUGACAUUAGUUAUAGAAAAUUACCCAGAGAUAAUGCUGUUAAUAAUUCAACAUAGUUUAUUUUGGCUUUUUUCCUGUUUUUGUUUGUUUAGUUUUUUUAAGUUUGUUUAUUUAUUUUGAGAGAGAGAGAGCUUGAGCUGGGAAGGGGCAAAGAGAGAGGGAGAGAAAGAAUCCCAAGCCGGCUCCGUGCUGUCAGUGCAGAACCUGAUGUGGGGCUCAGUCUCUAGUGAGAUCAUGACCUGAGCUGAAACCAAGAGUCAGAUGCUUGACUGAGCCCCCUAGGCACCCCUUUCCUGAUAUUUUUAAACCAAUAUGUUUCUAAAAAUGAUUUAUAUAAAAUUAGGACCUCAAUGUAUCUCUUUUUUCUGCUUGAAUUGGGAUGGCUAGUAUUUUCCCUGGUAAUUAAAUAUUAUCCAAAAAUACCAGUUUUGAAGGAUCUAUUUUUAAAGGGUCUGUUGAACAAACACCCAUUUAGUGAAUCUUUCUAAGAUUCAUUUUUGUUUUCAAUUAAAAUAAUUUUUUUGCAAUUUUGAAUAAUGUAUAAUUUGUGUGGAAAUCUUUAUCAUGUAGUUUUAUCACUUCCAUGGGUUCUUCUGGGUCCUGGGUGAACUGGGUCCACUGUGGUGAAUCCCUCUUUUAUAUAUGCCCUCCUUUUCUCUCCCUUAAGCCAGAAGUCACAAUUCUGAAAAGGCAUGAGGCACUUUGAAACGUAUUCCAGGAUCCCAUUGUAUAUAGAUUCAUUUAUUCUGGAAAUAUUUGUUGAAUGCCAAUUGGAUGUUAGAGGAUGGGGAUCCAAACACAAGAAAGAGAAAGUACACUGUCAACAAGGAACAUGUAAUUUAGUGGGGAAAACAGACAUAUAAACAGUUACAAUGUGGUAAGUGCAAUAGUAGAAGUGAAGUCAAAGAAAUGCCCAGCUCUGUUUUUACUGGGGAUAGGGGAACGGAGGAGAGGAGAGAGAAGUAUGACGUGAACCAGGGAGGAUUAAUGGAAGAAAGGACAUUAACUGGAUUUUUAAAAGAAUUCAGGGUGAUUUUCAGGUGGACAAGAUGGGAAAGGUAUUUCAGGCUCUGGGAAUAGUGUGUGCAAACACCUGGUAUCUUGAGAAGCCACGAUGAAUUUUGAGGGAUUUGGAGUGACCAAAUCUGGCAGAGAUGUCAUAGAUGGAGAACACAGGCUAUUUUUGGGCAGAAAAGGACCAGAUAAUGGACCUAUGUCAAAGAAUCUGGACUUCUUCCUAUAAAUUGAGAAAACACUGUAGAAGGGAAUCUCUCACAGUGUAGUGGAUAGAUUAAAGUUACUGGAAGUAUAAAGACCAGUCACUGAAUUAUCCAAAUGAGAGUUCAUAUAAGCCUAAAUUUAGGCAUUGGAACUGGAGAUAAAAGGAAGGGAUGGAUGAGUCAUAUUUAGAAGAUGAUCAAAAUUACCUGGUGAUUAGUUGGGGGAAGGACAAGUAAUCAGUGGCAUUUAAAAUUCUGAUUUGGGUGACUAUAUUGCUGCCAUCAACAGAAUUAGAAAAUACUAAAUUUGUGGGUUUGGAUCUUGUGUGUGGUUUUCAACAUAUGACAUUGAUAGGUGGAUAUGUCUGACAGAUGGUAGCACAGUGCAGCUCUGGACUUGAGAGAUGAACUGGGGAUACAGGUUUGGGAGUCAUCAUCACUUUAUGGGGUGGUACCUGUGAAGUAUAGGUGAGGUCACCCAAGCGAGUUUAUAGGAGAGUUGAGGAAAUGCUGUAGUCUUAAGAGAGGUGGCAGAAUAAAAUGACAUUGAAGGUGUCUGAGAAGAAACAAAGAACAAACAAAAGAGAAACUUUUCAUAGAAAUCAAGAGUUUUGGGGCGCCUGGGUGGCUCAGUCAGUUAAGUGUCCAACCUCAGCUCAGUCAUAUUAUCACAGUUGGUGAGUUCAAGCCCCGCAUCAGGCUGUCCACUCUCGGCACAGAGCCCACUUUGUAUCCUCUGUCUCCCUCUCUCCCCUGCUCAUGUUCUCUCCCUCUCUCUCUCACAAAUAAACAUUAAGAAAAAAAAAAAUCAAGAAUUUCAUAGAAAUCAAGAUCUCUGUCAUCUCCUGCAUCUAUUCUUGUUCCCCUUUGCUCUGACUGCAAUAAGGAAAAUAUAUUGAUCUUCAAAAAAUAUAAAUCUGAAGUUUGUGUCAUUCCUUCUUCUCUUUGUCUGUGGAGUAAAGCCUUUGAAUAUCAUACACUUUAAGACCUUGCCUAUCCUGACAUUUUAACCAUACUGAAUUUCAUUCAGUUCCUUAUAUGCACUCUAUUGUCUGUCCUUCAGGUUUUUGCAGAUAGUAUUUCCUUUUCUUAGAAUACUUUGCCGCUUCUUCUUUUUCACCUAUCUUCUCUUUAAAUUUGUUUUUAAAAACUGCAUUUUCAGGGAGGCCUUUUCUGUCCCUUAAAUAAGGUCAUGUUUAUUUGCUGAAUGAUUUCUUACCCUCUUACUCAUCAUUCAUCGCAUAUCAUCGUUGCUGUCAAUCUCCUGCUCUAUUCAGACUGCAUGAGAACAGGGAUCUUGCAUCUACUGUUGAGUCAGCUAGCCUAGCACAGUCCCUCCCAGAUAGUAUGUGCUCAAUAUGUUUUGAAGGAGUGAGCAACAUAGUGGUCGUGUAAGUAAGGAAUCGAAAGGGUUGAUUAAGAACAAAAGAUUCAGUAUCAGUAAUCAUCAGGGAAAUGCAAAUCAAAACUACAGUGAGGUAUCACCUUACACCAGUCAGAAUGGCUGAUAUCAAAAAAAGAACAGAAAUAACAAAUGUUGGCAAGGAUGUGGAGAAAAAGGAACUUGUUGGUGAGAAUGUAAAUUGAUACAGCCACUAUAUAAAACAGUAUGGAGAUUCCUCAAAAAAUUAAAGAUAGAAAUGCCAUAUGACCCAGUAAUUCCUCUACUGGGUAUUUACACAAAGAAAAGGAAAACACUAAUUCAAAAAAAUAUAUCCACACCUGUGUUUAUUGCAGCAUUAUUUACAGUAGCCAAGAUAUGGAAGUAUCCCAAGUGUCCAUCGAUAGAUAAAUUGGCUAGAAAUAUUCAUACAGGAGAGUUGGCUGCAGUAAAAAUUAUCAAAUUGGAGCCUGGAGAUGAUUUUUCUUUGAUUCAACAAGAAAUAUUUAUGGUUAAAGAAUGUAAACAUUGCAACAUUGUUGCCUACUUUGGGAGCUAUCUCAGUCGAGAAAAACUGUGGAUUUGUAUGGAAUACUGUGGUGGCGGAUCACUUCAAGAUAUUUACCAUGUUACUGGGCCAUUAUCAGAAUUGCAGAUAGCCUAUGUAUGCAGAGAAACUUUACAGGGUCUUGCCUAUUUGCAUACUAAAGGCAAAAUGCAUAGAGAUAUCAAAGGUGCAAAUAUUUUAUUGACAGAUCAUGGUGAUGUAAAAUUAGCUGACUUUGGUGUGGCUGCAAAAAUAACAGCUACCAUUGCAAAGAGAAAAUCUUUCAUUGGCACCCCUUACUGGAUGGCCCCAGAAGUUGCAGCAGUAGAAAAGAAUGGCGGCUACAACCAACUCUGUGAUAUCUGGGCAGUAGGAAUAACAGCAAUUGAACUUGGAGAGCUUCAACCACCUAUGUUUGAUCUCCAUCCAAUGAGGGCCCUCUUCUUAAUGUCAAAAAGUAAUUUUCAGCCUCCAAAACUAAAGGACAAAACAAAAUGGUCAUCAACAUUCCAUAAUUUUGUCAAAAUAGCACUAACCAAAAACCCCAAAAAAAGACCAACUGCUGAAAGACUUCUGACUCAUACAUUUGUAGGGCAGCCAGGUCUCUCUAGGGCCCUCGCAGUUGAACUGCUCGACAAAGUGAAUAAUCCAGACAACCAUGCACACUACACUGAAGGAGAUGAUGAUGACUUUGAGCCCCAUGCAAUCAUUCGUCAUACCAUUAGAUCUACAAACAGGAAUGCCAGAGCUGAACGGACAGCUUCAGAAAUAAAUUUUGACAAAUUACAGUUCGAACCUCCUCUGAGAAAAGAAACAGAAGCACGGGAUGAAAUGGGAGUGUCAUCAGACCCAAACUUUGUAUUACAAUGGAAUCCUUUUGUUGAUGGUGCAAAUACUGGCAAAUCAACCUCAAAACGUGCAAUACCACCUCCCCUACCUCCUAAGCCAAGGAUAAACAGCUACCCUGAAGACAGCCUCCUAGAUGAAGAAAAAUCAUCAACUGUAAAACGUUGCCCUGAUUCAGAGAACAGAGCUCCCCAGUUUCUCAGAAGACAGAGUAGCCCAAGUUGUGGUCCUGUAGCUGAGACUUCCUCUAUUGGUAUGGCUAGCAGUGUCAGCAGUCCUGGAGUGCAUACAGCUAGAUACUGUGAUCUGGGAGAUGGUGAUGGUAUUUUAAAACUAAUUAGUGAAAAUACAGAAGGAUCAGCACAAGCACCCCAGUUACCACGGAAAAAAGACAAGCGAGAUUUCCCGAAACCAGCCAUCAAUGGCCUUCCACCCACUCCAAAAGUGCUGAUGGGAGCAUGUUUUUCCAAAGUUUUUGAUGGCUGCCCUUUGAAAAUUAAUUGUGCAACAUCUUGGAUACAUCCUGAUACAAAAGAUCAGUACAUUAUUUUUGGAACUGAAGAUGGUAUUUACACAUUGAAUCUCAAUGAGCUACAUGAGGCAACGAUGGAACAGUUAUUUCCACGGAAAUGUACUUGGCUCUAUGUUAUCAAUAAUACUUUAAUGUCAUUAUCAGGAAAAACCUUUCAACUCUACUCUCAUAAUCUUAUAGCUUUGUUUGAACAAGCCAAAAAACCAGGAUUAGCUGCCCAUAUUCAAACUCAUAGGUUUCCAGACCGCAUACUACCAAGAAAGUUUGCUUUAACAACAAAGAUUCCUGAUACAAAAGGCUGCCACAAAUGUUGCAUAGUCAGAAACCCUUACACAGGACAUAAAUACCUCUGUGGAGCUUUACAGUCUGGAAUUGUUUUACUCCAGUGGUAUGAGCCUAUGCAGAAGUUCAUGUUGAUAAAGCACUUUGAUUUUCCUUUGCCAAGUCCUUUGAAUGUUUUUGAAAUGCUGGUAAUACCAGAACAGGAAUACCCUAUGGUCUGUGUAGCUAUUAGCAAGGGCACCGAGUCAAAUCAGGUCGUUCAGUUUGAGACAAUCAAUUUGAACUCUGCAUCUUCAUGGUUUACAGAAAUUGGCGCAGGCAGCCAACAGCUGGAUUCCAUUCAUGUAACACAGUUGGAGAGAGAUACCGUUUUAGUGUGUUUAGAUAAAUUUGUAAAAAUAGUAAAUCUACAAGGAAAACUAAAAUCAAGUAAGAAACUGGCUUCUGAGCUAAGUUUUGAUUUUCGCAUUGAAUCUGUAGUAUGCCUUCAAGAUAGUGUGUUGGCUUUCUGGAAACAUGGAAUGCAGGGUAAAAGCUUCAAGUCGGAUGAGGUUACCCAGGAAAUUUCAGACGAAACAAGAGUUUUCCGCUUAUUGGGAUCAGACAGGGUUGUCGUUUUGGAAAGUAGGCCAACAGAAAAUCCUACUGCACACAGCAAUCUGUACAUCUUGGCUGGACAUGAGAAUAGUUACUAAACACCAAAACUAUCUCCAGUGACAGGAAAAUGAGUAUACUCCAUUGAAAGCAAAACUCUCUUAAGUUCAGUACAAACUACACUAGGAUUUACUUUAGCUCUUAAUGGGUUCUAUCUCAAGUGAUCUGUACUUUAAGGUGGAAUUCAAUAUUUCUGUAGCUGGAAACAGCGAUUCUAUCUUGCCACUGUGUGGUGGUUAUAUCAAGUUUGCUUAAUAAAAGCUAUGAGACAAAUAGUCCUCUAGUUCCAGGAAACACAGUCUUUUUAAAAAAAAUAAUGUUUGUAACAAGGGUGCCAUGAUAUUUUUAGAUAACAGCUCACGUGAUUAUCUUCAGAAAGAUAAAUUUAGUGACAGUUUUCUUGUUUUAUACCAUGUUUGAUUCCUUCUUAAUGAACAUAAUUUGGUAAAGAAAUUAUCAAAGAAGCCUUUCACUUUUACAUUGGCCAUUCUGUAUGUUUUUGUAAAAUAGAAUAUUUAAUCCUUAUUUAUUAAUCUCUUGCUGGAGUGGUGUAAUGUAUGUAACUUUUAGCAGAGGAGGGUUUCAGAGCAGCUUAAUUUUUUUUAUAAUGUAUAAAAAUUUUGUUUACCUUCCAAGAGUAGUACUUUGAGGGGUUAAAGGCAGAGUGUUUGGGUUCAGUACAUACAUGCAGUUUUACUUAAUACAAGUAUUUUAUAAUACAGUAUCAUCCAGAAUCGCCUUAAAAGGGAGUUUUGUGUUUUCAAUUAUAGAUAGUUGCAGGGGGUCAUACAGAAGAUACUGAUAAUGGCUGAAGGAUUGUUAAAGGGGUAUGUAUGUCUAGAUGUGACUACCAUGUGUAUGUAUUCUCGACAAGCAGUAUAAUAUACCUGUGAUUUUUUUUUUACAUUAGGGAUAAUGCAUAAUAAAUUAAUAUUCAUAUAUAUUAUCAUCCCGAAUGUAAGGGGGGAUGUAUUUAACUGCCCAUGAUAUGUAUUUUACUUAUACUGUACCACAGGGGAAACUGUAAAGCAGCUACAUGUGUAAUCUUGGGUUUUUUCACAUAUGUAGGUAUUCAUUUUGAGUAGGUUUAAGAAAAAAAAUAUUUAAAUGAAAUUGAAUUCCUGAUGGGAUAGUAUAAACAAGUAUUAUAAAAACCAGUAUUCUGAAAAUAAGAAAGGAUAGGGCCAUUUUUGAGUUUGCUUCUCUUUUGCUAUUGUUAGUACUCAGAGUUGAAGUGUCACGUUGGUACCUGUUGUCCUAACACAUUUACUGAGAACAGCUAGCAUUGAGAUCAUGAACAAGAGGCUAGCAAUAGCAAACUAUAGAUUACUCCAGCAGUUACUUGAGAAGAAAACAGUAGAACGAUCUCAUUCAGUCUUUACCAGCUCUGUAAAAUAGGGAGUGUUAUCAUCUCCAUUUUCCAGAUGAGGAAAUAAGCGUUUAGCAAAGUUAAGAGACUUACCCAAUUCACACAGCAAGUUGGUGGUUGAGCCAGACCGUGAGUCUUGUGACUCUGUUCUUUUCACUAUGCAAUACGCAAACAAUAAAAUGUUAUGCAAAUAAAAUAUAAAGUAAAUUUUCUUUUAAAAUGCACAUCGAUAUGAUUUCAGCAAGUGUGAGCCUGUUUAUUUUGGGUAUGUUAAAUGGGGCCCCUGGACUGAAGGACACUGGAUACAAUAGAUGACAGGGGACCCUACUCAAAACGAAAUAUUUACAUACAUACUGGAUACAGAGACCAAUGCCCUCCUCUCACUGAAUCCUGGCAGCCAGACCUUCCCACCCCAACAGUAUUGGAAGUCUUCUCUGUGCAGUCUGGCCAGUUCAAGUGGAAAGACCUAAAUAGAUCCUGACAUGAAAAUCAUAGUUAACAUGCCCUCCACUCCAUGCAUCCAGACCUUGCAGUUAGCCUUAUAGUCAGUCCUAUGAUAUUAAUAAUUUUUAAACAACCAAGACAUAUGAAAUACCUGAGGAAAACCUGUAACAUAAAAGGGAGAAAACAGUUAUGGGAAAGAAGCACUUAGAGGCAACAGACUAUGCAGGAUAAUGUCAAAAGAAAAAAUAUACAUUCUGAAAGAUGUUGCAAGUAUGAGUCAAGAGUAGAAUACUAAAAAAGGAGCUUUCAGAAAAUAAAAAGCUCUUAGAAAAUAUGAUAGCAUAGCUGAAUAAUUCAGUAGAAGCUUUAGAAUAUAAAGUUGAAGAAAUUUCUCAGAAAAUAAAAAGAAAUGGAAACAUUGGGGGAAGGGGUGGGAGUUAAGACUAAUAGCCGGGGAGGCCCGUUAUCCAAAAAAAAAAACAAUAAAGAAGAAAUCAGUAGAGUAUUUCAAGAAGUUUUUCCAGUACUGAAGAACUUCAGAUCCCAGAUUGAAAAGACACAAUAGAUUUAAAAAAUCUGUACCAAAGCACAUCAUUGUGAAAUUUCAGAGACAUGGGAGCCAAAGAGAAGAUCUGUGUUUCCAAAGGAAAGGGGAAAGUCAUACAUCAAGGAAUAAGAAUCAGGAUAGCUUCAAAUUUCACCAGAAGCAGUGCCUUCAAAAUUCAGAAAGAAAUUUCCAACCCAAACUUCUGGAUCCAAAUACAUUAUUAAUCAAACCUAAGGGUAAAAAUUAAGAUAUUUUUGGUGGUACAAGCUCUCAAAAACUGUACCUCCCAUAUAGCCUUUCUCAGGAAGCUACUAGAAGAUGUGCUUCAUAAAAAUAAGGGCAUAAAUUAAGCAAAAUGAAGACAUUAGAUGCAGAAAAUGGGUUUCCACACAGGAGGGAGAUGGAAAUCCCUGGUAGAUGGUGAUGGGGUAUCCAAGGAUGACACUACACCAGGUGUAGAGAGCAUACCAGCAUACUAGAAACUCCUGGAGAGACUGAGAAAGAUUAAACUGAUAAAAUACUUGAUGCAUCUCAGUAUCUUAAGAGUUAGACACCUAGCAAAGAGCAAGAGAUUCCUCCUAAAACAGACUGAGAAAAGAACUGAGAGUAAGAUCAUUUUCUUUGGAGACCCCAGAAAAUGGGAGUGAGGGACUUAGAAUAUUGAGAUGGAGAGGUGGGAAAUGUUGACAUAAGGGUGCAUUAUUGAAGUCCUUGCUGUGUAGACAAUGGCAGCUUGAUUCUACCAGGUCUUUAGAGAAGCUGUGCGAUAGCUCCCAUGAUGGUCUCCUGAAAGACAAAUGCCUGGGGCAUUUAUCUACAGACUCCCACUCAUGGUUGAGUUGUUGCUGGGGCAUUACGGGCAUGCUCCCCUGAAGUGUACUGUGUGCAUCUGGCCAGGGAGGCUCCUUAAGUGUCAGAGAAGGCCCUGAAGCAGACAGCUGAAAGAGCAGGCAAUAAAUCUGAGCCUAUUUAGAACUAUCCACCACCUCUAAAAUCAGAGGUGGGUGGAGGGGAUGUUUCUCAAGGUCCUCAAGGUCUUUUAAUCAGUGAUGGUAUCGUUUCUAAGCAAAAACUUAUGAAAGACUGGAGUGCCUGGGUGGCUCAGUCAGUUAAGUGUUCAACUUUGGCUCAGGUCAUGAUCUCCCAGCUUGUGGGUUCAAGUCCCGCACCGAGCUCUGUGCUGACAGCUUGCAGCCUGGAGCCUGCUUUGGAUUCUGUGUCUCCUUCCCCUGCUCAUUCUCUCUCU